CUAACCAUAACACAUGCAUGCAUCCUUCUCCAUGACCUUUGAGCUAUAAAUCCACAUGGUUGCAUACAGUUUAGCUAGCUAGCUCACAGCCUCUGCACUAUACUAGUAGAGCCAAGGAUUCAAUCAGUAGCAAUGAGCAAGUCAAAAGAUAAUGAUGCCUUGGCCAAGACGAAGGUUGUCAAGUACCUCAUUGACACUAACCGACCUUACAGUACAAUUGACAUCACGGCUAAUCUGCACAAAGAAUUUGGAAAAACGUGUGUACAGCGAGCGCUGGACCUCCUGGUGGUGGAUGGGAAGGUCACGGAGAAGGUUCACGGGAGACAGAAAGUCUACUUUGCUAACCAGGACAACUUCCCCGCUGUGAAUGAGGCAGAGCUUAAGGAGAUGGAUCGCAGGAUUGCUGAGUUGCACGAGACCGUCAAGAAAACAUCUGCAGAGUGCCACAAGAAGGAAAAUAUACUCUCGUCUCUGACAAGCUCCCUCACCUCAGAAGAUGCCAGCAAGCAACUCAAAGCACUCACUGCACAAAUAUCUGAGAUGAAGAGUAGACUGGCUACCAUUAAAGCUGGCACGGACUCAGUGACCCCAGAGGAGUCACUGAAGAUCCACAAGAAUCACGAGCAGUGCUUCAAGCAAUGGAGGAAAAGAAAGAGAAUGGCUAACGAUAUGCUGGAGGCCAUAUUAGAGGGAUAUCCAAAAUCAAAGAAACAGCUUUGUGAGGAGGUUGGAAUCGAGACUGACGAGGAGUCUGGUGUCAAGCUUCCCGGGAAAUAGAGUAUCAUCUCCUCACACACUCCUCACUCAGACUAUUGGCAACAACAGUUCACUAUCUCGAUCCUCUAUCAACAGUUAUCUCAUGUUCUAAUUAUUCUAUUAUUUACGUUUAUUCCAUGAUUCUAUACAUACAAUUAUAUCACCACGAGUUUUAUCUUUAUGAACUUCUGAUAUCAUGAUCAUUUAUUGAGGCAUUUC